GGUGGAGAGGGAUUGUAUUUUUUUCUUGUAUGUAGAAACCUAGUGACAGUCACCAAGGAAAAGAGCACCCUUUUCUAGUUUUGCUCUCAGUUUUGUGUAUCCGGUAUGUUCACUCCCACGCCACACACCACACCGCCUUCAGAAAGUGGUUGAGUGCAUCUUCUCCCUACUUCUUCCAAAGCAUCUUGGCCCUUCUCGGCCCGUUCCUUUUCCAGCUAAGUAUUAAAAAUAUCUCAGAUUCUCACAAAUUACUUUGGAGAUUUUAAUUGGGAUUACAUUGGAUCUGUAUCCCAGCCCAUCGUAAGCAUGGUAUAGUAAUCAAUUAUUUAUGUCUUGCAUUUCUCUCAGUAAUAAUCUGUGAUCAUAUUUUAUGUAAAGAUCUUAUACAUCUUUUGUCAUUUAUACUAGCUAUUUGCUAUUGUAGUAAAUAAAUCUGUUUUCUAAUUUUCUAAUUAUUGCUAGUAUGUUGAAAUACAAAUGAUUUUAUGUUAUUCUUAUAUCCAGCAACUUAACUAAAUCAAUUUAUUAAUUCUUAGAGGUUAUUUUGGAUUUUCUAUAUACCUCAUCCUAUCGUAUGUAAAUAAUGACAGUUUCAUUUCUUUAUAACUCACACAUUUUAUUAUUUUAUUUCAUCUUGCCUUAUUCAAUUACCAGAGGGACUCGGAGCAGAAUCAGCACACUAUUUUGUAAAGGACCAGAUGAGAAGGAAGCCAAUUUCUGAAAACUAGAAAUGAAGGUACAUAUGCACACAAAGUUCUGCCUCAUUUGUUUGCUGACAUUUAUUUUUCAUCACUGCAACCACUGCCAUGAGCCACACGACCACGGGCCCGAAGAGCACCACAGACACCACCAUGGACUGGCAGAAUCGGAGCCGGGCAAGUUUUCAGAGCUGGAUGCUGCCAAAAACGAAAAAAAUUAUUACAUUGAAAAACUUUUCGACCGUUAUGGUGAAAAUGGAAGGUUAUCCUUUUUUGGUCUGGAGAAACUUUUAACAAACUUGGGCCUCGGAGAAAUAAAAGUAGUUGAGAUUAAUCAUGAGGAUCUUGGCCACGAUCAUGUUUCUCACUUAGAUAUUUUGGCAGUUCAAGAGGGGAAGCAUUUUCACUCACACAACCACCAGCAUGCCCAUAAGCAUCUAAACUCGGAAAACCAAACUGUGACCGGCGUGUCCGCAAAGAGGUACCAUAAGUGUGACCCCGAGAAGGAGGCAGUUGAAGUGUCUGUCAAGUCUGAUGAUAAACACGUGCGCGACCGCAAUCACCGGCUAUGCCAUCACCACUGUUUGCGGCAUCACCUUGAUCAUAACACCACCCGCCAUCUCGCUAAUGAUUCCAUCCCUCACGGUGAGCGUGGGGAGACUAGCCAGGAGCCUUCCGCAGAGACCAAUAAGACCCAGGAACAUUCUGAAAGUAAGCCCCCGAGGGGAAAGCGGAAGAGGAAAGGGAAGAACGAUGAGAAUUCAGAGGUCAUUACGCCAGGCUUUCCCCCGAACCAUGAUCAGGGCGGACAGUAUGAGCACAAUCGGGUCCAUAAACCUGAUCGUGUACAUGGUGUACACAGCCCAGGCCAUUCUCAUGGACAUGCUCCAGAACAUGAUGGUCACGAUCCUGGUCAUGGACACCAAGACCCUAAUCCUGAUAAUGAAGGUGAACUUCGGCACACGAGAAAGCGGGAAGCGCCGCAUGUUAAAAAAAGUGCAAUCUACUCAGCUGCUAGUCACAAGGAUCAUAAUGAAGAUGACCGUCAGCAUGAGUGCUUGAACGUCACUCAGUUGUUAAAAUACUAUGGCCACGGUGCCAACGCUCCCAUCUCCGCCGAUCUGUUCACCUACCUUUGCCCUGCGCUGUUAUAUCAGAUUGACAGCAGACUCUGUAUCGAACACUUUGACAAACUUGUAGUUGAAGAUUUAAGUAAGGAUAAAAAUACGGUUCCCGAAGAUAAAGCAAAUGUCGGGGCCUCGGCAUGGAUUUGUGGUAUCAUCUCUGUCACUGUCAUUAGCCUGCUUUCCUUGCUGGGCGUGAUCUUGGUUCCCAUCAUUAACCAAGGAUGCUUCAAAUUCCUCCUUACAUUCCUGGUUGCUCUGGCUGUAGGAACAAUGAGCGGAGACGCCCUUCUUCAUCUGCUGCCCCAUUCUCAGGGCGGACAUGAUCACAGUCACCAGCACGCACACGCGCAUGGGCAUGGCCAUGGCCAUUCUCAUGGACACGAGCCCACGAAGUUUCUGGAAGAGUAUGAUGCUGUGCUGAAAGGACUCGUCGCUCUAGGAGGCAUUUACUUGUUAUUUAUCAUUGAACACUGCCUUCGGAUGUUUCAGCACUACAAGCAGCAGAGAGGGAAACAGAAGUGGUUUAUGAAGCAGAGCACAGAAGAAUCGAGUAUCGGCAGGAAGCUUUCAGACCACAAGAUCAAUAACACGCCAGACGCCGACUGGCUGCAGCUCAAGCCUCUUGCAGGAACGGAUGACUCGGUUGUUUCUGAAGAUCGCCUUAAUGAAACGGAGCUGACAGAGUUAGAAGGCCACCAGGAAUCCCCUCCCAAAAACUACCUUUGUGUGGAAGAGGAGAAAAUCCUGGACCACUCUCACAGCGACGGCUUCCACGCCCUCGACGAGCACGCCCUCCGCGCGGCCGCCCCCAACCACCACGACGAGAACCAGGCCGCGCUGCGGAAGCACCAGUGGCACAAGCACGCGCAUCACUCGCACGGCCCCUGCCACUCGGGCUCGGACCUGAAAGACACCGGCAUCGCCAACAUCGCCUGGAUGGUGAUCAUGGGGGACGGCAUCCACAACUUCAGCGACGGGCUGGCCAUCGGAGCAGCUUUCAGCGCUGGGCUGACCGGAGGCAUCAGUACGUCCAUCGCUGUCUUCUGUCACGAGCUGCCACACGAACUAGGUGACUUUGCAGUCCUUCUGAAGGCAGGCAUGACGGUGAAGCAGGCGAUAGUGUACAACCUCCUCUCGGCCAUGAUGGCUUACAUCGGCAUGUUCAUCGGCACCGCCGUGGGGCAGUACGCCAACAGCAUCACCCUCUGGAUCUUCGCCAUCACCGCUGGCAUGUUCCUCUACGUAGCCCUGGUGGAUAUGCUCCCGGAAAUGUUGCAUGGCGACGGUGACAACGAAGAGCAUGGCUUCUGCCCGGUGGGCCAGUUCGUGCUGCAGAAUUUGGGGAUGCUGUUUGGAUUUGCCAUCAUGCUGGUGAUCGCCCUCUACGAGGACAAAAUAGUGUUUGACUUCCAGUUCUGACAUUCCGGGAUCACGUGGUUACAGGAGGCUACCGUGCAGCCUGGCAUCUGUCCCUGGACUGCGUGCCAUCGCUCCAGGAAAGGACACUGGCUGCACCGCUUACACGUUCCGAGGUUUGAGCUGACUCCCGAGACUGGUGCUCUGUACUGUCUUUUUACAAAAUGUAAAGCUUGUCGUAUAGAAAGGAGAAUAUGGGACUCCAUGAAACAUCAUUGAUGUAGGAUUAAGAGUUGCAAAAAGUAAUCAUAUAAAACACUAAAGUAGUCUCUUUAUUAGUAGAAACUUCUGUGGCUAUGCAGAAAUAGAAAUUGAACCAAAAAAAAUCACUUAAACUUUAAAAUAUUUUAAAUGGACUUUGAACAGACUUUUCUUUGUGCUAAAAAUGACUUGUAGUGUCCUUUAAUUCAGCUACAUAGAUAUAUACAUGUGGUAACAGGGAUCAACUUGACUUUGAGAUUGAAUAUGUAGAUUCUAGGGCCCAGAGGAGAGCUCAGGCUGCAGUAAGGUGUGGAUUUAGCAUUGGGAAAAGUCCUUAUUCUUGAAUCUAGAGUUACUAUUUUUGUAUAUAUUUACAGUGUUUAAAUUUCCAGCCUAAACUACUGAAAUGUGUGAUUGUAUGUUUGUGUGAGCUUCAGUUUAAUGGAAGAUUCAUAAUGGUUCUUUGUAUUAAUAUUAUACUUGGUAUUUGGGUGUUUUUGUUUUUGUUUUUUUAAUUUUGGGUUUUUUUGGGGGGAGGUUUGGGUGGGGUAGGUGGUCGGAGCAUGUGGUAAAAUGUUUUUUUUAUAAUUAAAAUUAUAAUCCUCUAGAAAAUUUCAGAGAAGUGAAGAAUCCAAACAUGGUCUAAAUAUUCAAUUUUCCUGCUUUAACAGUACUAGCUAGUUAUUUGGGAAAUUUAAGUUCUAAAUAUAUGUAUCGCUUUACCAGAUGGCGUUGGGACCAGGCUGUUGCUGACAGUAAAUUCAAAUGUACUAUGUCCAUGACCAGUACACGGAGUGGUAGAGGAACAAAACAAAAGAUGGUGAUCCCAGUGGUACUGGGCUAUCAGAGUACCACGUGACUGGGAAGAUCUACUUAAAUUACUGAGCUAAAGUCACUUGAUCAUUUUGUGCCAAGAUGUGCUGUUGGUGCCUGAUAGGGAUUAGUCUCUUCUGUAGGUGCCCUGUUCUCCUACCAUUAAUUGUGACCAAUUUGUGAGAAGUGCCAGCUGUGUUUACUCUGAAUCUGACCUAAUCAUUUGUGGCACAGUCAAAUGCAUGGAGCUUUCUGUUCCCACCCUGUGCCACCUGGCUUCAUUUCCACCAGUUCAGCUCUGCUUAACGCUGGGCAGGCAGCUUCCUUUUAAUCUGCUUGGCUACGUGUAGCUGCUUUAAACAUCUUCCUGCUCAAUACUGAAGAGCCAAACUCUUUCCAUUCCAUUAGGAUACUUUCGCUCAGUCCUCCUCCUUUCCCCGGUUCCUUUCCUCCUGGACUCCACAACAGAAACCAGAACUGUGAGGGCAGCACGCCCCGGUGUCAGUGGAGGGCUGCAGUGUUCCUUCUUUCUGCUGCGAGCAGGGAGCUGGGUGUGGUUUCUUACGGGGUGCCCGGCUGUGCCGUUGCGUCUGGCUUUGCCCCUGGUCUCCCCUAUGAGGCGGAGUUCUCUGCAUGGGUUAUUUCAGCAGUGGGUGCCGAUUAGGAGUCCUCAUCUCAUUGCUUGACCCUCUAAGCAACUGAGCUAAAAGGUGCUGAUAUUUUAUUUAGUACUGCCAAGUUCAAGGGACUCACGUUCCUUGCUUUCUGAACCAAGCCAAGUGUAUAGUUCAUUGCUGGGUGUCUACCCGGGCAGCUUCUGCAUUCCAGCAUUGUUAGAUCUGCUUAUCUCAAAAAACCUUUAUGGAGAGCAUCAGCUGCAGUGUGCUCCUGUCGGAAGCAUCCGAUGUAAAGCAAAUAGGCCAUGCUGAAGUACAUGAAGUUUUAUGUUCUCUCAAACACGGUGUUAUCUUUAUUUGCUAGAUCUUUUAGGAGGGUUGGGACCGUGGCUGCUAGUAUUUUGUUAGGGUUCCACCAGUGUUUAGUUCUCACGUCAUUCUGAUGCAGAAUUUCAAGUCUUACAGACAAUCUGAAUUCCACUACAUUUCUGUUUGGCUCCAACAUUCCAUUGAGCGUGGCCAGCCUGCUUUAAGGAGUGUGUUGGAGGUCAUUGCUAUUACCGUACAAUGCUGUCACCGUGUGACAUCUGUAUGAAAUUCGGUGUACGCCACAUUGCAUUCGAUCCGCUGUGAUUAUGCUUAGAAAUCCUCCAGUGACUAGUGCAGUGUGAAGUUAGCAGUAAGUCAGUGGCUUAAAUGUGAUGAUGGUCCUGCAAGGUGAUACUUGCUAAAAUAUCUAAACUUUUUGUUGUUGUUGUUGUUAUAACUGAAUCAUUUUUUUUAAAUUUAUAAAGCUGAAGUGAUCAAAUGCUGUUUUUUUUUCAUUGUCAACAGUGGUGUGUCAUUUUAUGUAUGUUCCUACUGCCUGUGGAACUCCCAAAAUAAAGACAUU